GCCCGUCCACAACAAAACCAUAGCCCUAUUCUUCUAGGUUUGUGUCGGGACUGCCGCGCGUGUCAAAACAAUGGGUGCUGUACCCAAGCCUCCGAAGGCCCAUUUCAACGUCCUCUACUUUGCAAGUGCAAGCUCCUUCACAUCCAAGGAAUAUGACGUUCUGCCCGCGCCGCUCGCGAUCGGCAAGUUAUUCGAUGCGCUGGAGGAGAGACACAGUGGCAUCAAGGAGAGGAUCCUCUCGUCUUGUCUCGUGACUGUCAACUUGAAUUAUGUCGAUGUGCCUUCGAAUGACAGCGAAGAUGCGUCUUCAGAGGCUGGCGUCGUGAUCCAGGAAGGUGACGAGGUCGCUAUUAUUCCUCCUGUUAGCUCUGGUUGAUAUUACAAGAGACCCCUUUCGUGCUAUGUAGAAAUAUCCUUCAAAGUGAUGAUGGUCCUAGUUUUCUAUAGUACUACUCGAAAUUUCUAGAGCUUCUCUAUCAAUGCGUAGGACAACAUGGUCAUAAUAUGAGUUGAUCAAUGUACCUCCGCCCGCAUUUCGGUAUAUGGAUCACAUUGUAACAUACUAACUACUUUCACUCGUCAAGAUUUUCCAUGUUAUACACAAUGGUUAGUCUUGCUGUGGCUGAUCAGCCAGGCUCAGAAGACACGUGGCCGCGUAUAUGCAACGAUGGCUUCAGGCCUGAUCGCUAUUGUAAUCGUGGAUACGUCGCAGCUCAGCAAACAUGGUAUUACCUUUCUUUGAUGUGGUGAGAGAGAUGACACAUCGUAGAUAGAGAAUGAGGGCACACUGGGACGUGAGAUCAAUAUAGUAUCUAGUUUAAUACCAAUGCCUAGAUCCGCAUGAUAAAGACUUCCAACUACAUAGUUUUAUACAAUCACAAAUGAAGAUUACAAUCCUUGAGAUAGCAAUAGAUAAUCUCGGGCUCCAAUAAAGA